UCCAGUGGUAGACACCGUUUUUACACAAUGUUCCCUAUGGGUUUGGGACUAUUCUGUAUGUUAUUAACUUUAAAAUUGCACGCGUCAAUCACAAUUUCAGACGAUGAUUACAAAUUGCUCCCUCAAUUGUACGAUAUGGACGACUAUAUUGGAUGUAACAGAGAAAGUAACGAAUAUUGCAAAAUUAAACUGGUUCUAGCGCCGACUGACAGAAAUAACAAACUGUGGCAGGUCAUUGAGGGCGCUAAAAAAGAAAAGCGGUAUAUAAAACGGGAUGUCAUAUAUCGUGCCAAAUGCAUUCCCAAGGAGUACUUUUCUGACCAAGAAAGGCUAGCGGCACAUAUCACGGAACUAGAGAACAGACAUCUGCAAAAUAUAUCUUUUCGCACCAGUGUAAAGAAUAUCAAAUGCAAAGAGAACAUGCAGGGGCUGCCAUUAAAAGCUUAUUUCACCUUGUUGUUACUUGCGGGUUACUCAGCACUUGUAAUUUUCGCAACAGUGGUUGAUAUGUUAUCAAGAAGGAACAACCAGGGAGGGGAUUUGCCAAAACAAAAAUUCGUCACAGUUCUGUCAGUCCUCAGCAAUUGGGAAUCCCUAAGAAAACCAAUAAGGAAUGCGGACUAUAACAAGCUGAAGUGUUUUCAAGGUUUCAGGAUAUUCAUCAUCUCUAUUGUGGUGGCUCAUCACAGUAUAGGGGCAGCUUUUACCGUUUAUCAGACGAACACUAGGUUAUUGGAGGACUUUACACUCAGCUGGUUUAGAAGAUUGUUGAUAAAUUUUGGAAUCCACGUGAUCCAGUCAAAUUUUUUAAUGUCUGGCUGGUUUCACACCAUCCAGGUGUACAACGCGGUAGAGAGGUCUGACAACAAAAAGUUGUCUUUGAAAGUGAUAGCAGAAGCUUUGACCUCCAGGUAUUUAAGAUUUGUACUUCCUCUUAUAUUUUAUAUUGGACUAACUUAUAUGACAUAUACGUUUUUUGAUGGACCGCAGGCAGAUAUGUUACAGUGCGAUAAAGAAGCUUGUCAGACGCAUUGGUGGGCAAAUUUGUUGUUAAUUAAUAAUUUUUUUUACGUUAAGGAUAUGUGUAACUUAUCGUCUUGGCACAUGGCUUGCGAUUUUCAAGCGUACGCAGCGUGCAUGGCACUCUUUUACUUGAUGUACAAAUUGAACUUUGGAUUAAAACUUUUUGGAGCAGUGUUGCUGUGUGUUGUAGGGGUUAAUGCAUACAUUAUGUAUAAUGUCUACACGGUACAUAACCUAGAAACGGUAGUUACUUUUCCAAUAAGAGCUGAAUUUCUUGAAAUGGAGAAGGUUUUCAAGAACGACUAUGUUUACUAUUUCCACACUUCAUUUUUUCUAAAUUUUAGUAGUUAUCUCGUAGGUAUACUCUUUGGAGCUGUAUAUCGCAGAUAUAAGAAUACGAGGAUAGAAGUGACCAAGGUCAAAACAGUCAUAUGGGCCGUGGGAUUUUAUGGCCUUUCAGCUUUAGUCUUAGCUUUGUCCCUUUACGAGUACCCACUUCUGCUUUCGGCGAUCAUUGGGUCCUUGCUAAAGCCUUUGUUUUCUGUGGGGAUAGGAAUUGGCAUAUUAGGAAUGUCCCAUAAUAUAGGCGGAUUUGUGAAGAGUCUGUGUGAAGCCAGCCCUCUAGAAUUUAUGUCAAGAUGGAUCUUCUCGAUUUAUAUAUUUCAUCUUCUAAUUGUGUAUUACAAAACAACCACGUGGACCUCUAUGCUGGAAAUGUCCUAUUUCUUUUUAAUCAAAAUUUCAUUAUUCAAUAUUGUUCAAGCAAUUGUUCUGGGACUGAUCCUGCACUUGGUUAUCGAGAGGCCCCUGUUAAAGAUUAUUUAUAUGAUAAUGGGUAAAUGGGGAUCCAAACAGAAAACAAAAUAAAAUAUUUCCUAGAA